AGAAUUGAGUGAGUUAGUUAUGGAGACAAUGCUGGUCGAGGACGAAGCCCUACUGGCCGAAGUGCUCUUUAAAAAGGCUACAGGUUGGAGUACGAUGAACGAUACAGAAAGGAAGACCUGAAUGAUAUAGCGGAACUCAUAGAGGAAAGGCGUCGUGCUACAGUUAUGCUGUAGAGUAAGAAGCCUGGCCGUCGUAAAAACACCGCAGGCUGAGGGGGUUCUCGCCACUCUGUGACGAGUAAUUUCCUCCCUGGCAAUCUCUCGCUUCUUCAUUCAAGUUGCUUCAACAUGCUUGUACGGAGUAUAAUUUCCAUUCAUCCCUUCAAGCCUCUAUAUAUUUGUUAUCAUCUUCGACGCAACGAUGAAAAUUAAGCAUUGCGGCUCAAGUAACUAGUUAAGUAAUCACCAAAUCAGUUACGUAAUCAACAGAUCAGUUACGUAAUUAGAUAUCACGUGUCGACGAAGUGAAUAAGCAAAACAAAUCUUCGAGCGAUAUCAAAUUAUGCGAUUGCGAGCCACCUACUUAUUGAUCAGAACAAAAGAUUUCUUCCCCCUUGGAAUCUCCAGACACAUUAUAUCCUCCCUCAGGCACUGUGGUGACUCCGCAGUUGUUUAUCACUACUCAAUAGCAACCACCACUGAUACUAUCGUUUUCCUCCGUGUCCUCUCCGCGAGCUUGUCGAGAUGCCUCGUCGAGUCACUCCAAGCAAUCACAGACGCGCUGGCGAUAGCAACCCUAUAGGGACACCCCUUAGCCGUAAACAGCAGCGAGAUCUCCUUCGUCGGCAACAGGAGUUCCCCUUGGCGGAGGAGGAGGAGCCGUUUCAGGCUGGUAUGACUUUGCGAUUUGUCCCAGAAAACGCUCGUAUCAGACUCAAUCCUGCAAAAGGUUGGGAUAUCCAAGGUGAUACUCCGGCUGAACCACCUGUCAAGCUCACAGUCCCGCGUGAGCUUACCAGAAUCAAAGUUGGAAUCGCCACGGAUGAAGCGAAGCCUACUAGACGUCAGAUUAGCAAGUAUGGUGAUCAUCGUGAGAUAUACCCCAAGAACGAGCCUGUUUACAUUCGUGCUCGCCCUGCCUAUCCUUACUGGGAGUAUGCUUCCUCUACAGGUAACCAUAUUGCUGCAUCUCAUGUUCGCUUAGAUUCAGCAUUUAAUUCUGCCGACAAAUGUACAGCCGCUAUGGAUUUACUGCGGGCUAAAAAGAAAGCUUGGGAAGAAGCAGAAGAUCUUCGUUAUAGUAAUGAAAUGAGGUCCUGGCGUAUCCAACAAUGUGAAUGGGAGAUCAAAGUUCUAGAAACAGAAUGGUCUCGCGGUAAUAUUAUUAUCUUCCAUCCAGAUACUACUCGCGAGAUUAUUGAUACGGCUAAAGAGCAUUUACAAAUUCAAAUCAAUAAGGAUAUACAGGGUCUUGUUGAUACUGCAUUUAUUGGCAGGCUACCUUCUACUAUUAUUCGUACUCCGAUACAUGGAAGGAAUCCCCCCCAGUCAGACAAACUGUUGAGAACUCUGCAGCCUUUGCUUGAGGGUGAUAGAAGACACGGUACUGUUACUAAACAAAAUACUCGCAAACGUGCACGGCCGCAAACCAAUUCAGAUUCUGAACCCACGGAAAGAUCUGGCUCGAGCGAGGAUCUUGACACCGAGAGUAGCAAACGCAAGGAGUGUGCAAAUGAACAGCGAUUGUGUAACUCUAACAUUGAUAGCAAUAGUAAGUAUCCUAGCCAAGCAAUGUCACUUCCAGAGGAGAGAAAUUCUCUACCGAAUACAGAAGUAGUCUUUUUUGCUAACCAGCAAGACGGCUGUAUAGAUAUAAAUAUUGAUGGUUCCCCAUCCUCUAUAGUACCGUCGGGGGCCUCUGAAACCCCUGACCACACUUGUCGACCUCAAUGCAACUUUGCUAUCAAUAAUCUCAAGCUUGGGUCACCUGCUCUCAGUACUGUUACCUUUGAUAUACCCCCUGAGAAGGCUAGCUUUCCUUUUAAAGGCCUCGAUGCAGGCUAUAAAAGAAUUGAAAAUAUGGCUAGUUGCUACCACCGAGUCUCCAUUGAUGAACCCUCUCCUAGUUUCAAGGCGAGUAGAGAGAGGAGCAAGAGGAAGGAUCAAGCCUCAACACAGAUCUCUGAAGAGCUCAAGCCAGCACAAUACAGUCAUGGAUUUAAGACUAUGGAGCAUAUUCAUGAUAACAACUUUCCACCAUCUGACUCUGACGUUGACGCUAACAGCAAUGUUCCUUUAAUCUCUAUACCAAGGUCACUAAUUCCAUUUUAUAAAGACAAGCGUGAUCGUGGUGUAACUCCGGAUAACCCUGGGAUGAAGGAACUUAUGGAAACCAUUGCUAUGGCUGAUGGUAGACCUAAAAAAGUAGCUAUUAGACACCUCUUACAGCGUCGAGGGAGUUACUCAGAAUUGGAAUGGAAGCAUUUAUGGACUUUACCAAUCACAUAUAUUGAGGGCUACCUCUAUUGCAAAGACCUCGGUAUCACCACAGACGGAUUUACUAUGCAUGGAGUAGAAGAUAUUAUUCAAAAGCCCGAAAAAAUAUGGAUCAAAAAGUUAAACAGUGAGAAAAAAGAAUACUACCGCCAGAUGCGCGGUCUUAUGAUCUGGGAGAAUAGAUAUUGGCUCUUCAAGAUCGAUCCGGAGAAGCUCAACCCACCGUCGGGAAAGCAAUGGUACGACCGUGCUAUUUAUAUUGCCGAUAAUGAUGGUUAUUGGGCUCGACACAAAAACGAUAUUCUGCAUCCUUGGGAAGUUGCAUUCCUCACAGACGAGAUGGAAGAGCCGGAGAACCAACGGUUGUAUCGCGGUAUAAGAGUCAAAAAGCGUGUGCUAAAGGACAGAGUGAAAUUAGCUUGGCCUAGCUUGUGGACUGAGGAGCUUCCCCGAAUCAUCGAGCAAUACUUUCUGGAGGAAGAUUGGCGCCCAGUACGCCGCGAGUAAAAAUAGUUUACUUGUGUCAAAACGGAAGCAGCAGCAACGAAUAUAAUUGGUUAAAUCAAUGAUUAGAACGAAUAUACGGAUGCGUAAGGUGUUCAAAUUAAACCUAUCGAGGUGUAGCUAU